CUGAUGGAUAACGCCUUCCAGCAUGUUCCACACAACGGAGGCCGUGACUCAGAGGAAUCCGAUCCAUACCGUGCUCAAGGAUGGAUCCUGCGAACACGGCCCGAGUGUUCUGCGGCCGACGUCACUGGCCCCGUGAACGUCCCUCAGCAGGAGGAGGCCGUUAUGUUGGCGGUGGCAGCUGGGGGGCCGGUCUCCGCUGCUAUCCGUGCAAGCCUGGGUAGCUUCCAGUUCUGUAAAGAAGGCAUUUAUUAUGAUCCAAACUGCAGCAGUGAAGACCUGCAUCACGGUGUUCUGGUGGUUGGCUAUGGCUCUGAUGAAAAAGAAGCGGAGAACAAAAAUUAUUGGAUUGUAAAGAACAGCUGGGGCACGGACUGGGGCCUGCAGGGUUACAUGCUGUUGGUGAGGGACUGGGACAACCACUGUGAAAUCACCACCAGCUUUCCUGUCGUGUGA